AUGACCGGCCUCCAGCUAUGCCUCGCUCACUACUGUGACCAACAUGGUCCGACCCCGCUUAUGGUCACCGAGGGCCUGCCAGUUCCAUGCACAACAUGCUUCGAUGAUGGUGCCGCCGGUUAUGCCGAUCAAGAUCAGCUCCGACCCCGGACCAGCGCCCCAGUCGCGGCUGGAUCUCUCAACCAGACCGUGGCCAUGUCGGAUGCGCUGCGCAAGAUGCACCUCAAUUCGCACCGCAGUACAUCUCUACCUGCUUCCGAAAAUGAAACCCAAAUCCAGCGCGCCGCCAUGCUUCGCGCCUCUUCAGCAAACUCGACCCUGAACUCGCCAGCUUCCCCUCUGUCGCCUUCCGCAAUCGAGACCCCACCCGAAAGCCCCCGCCGGAUAUCGGAGCAGCAACAGCAACAGCAGCCACGACGAGAUUCGAGUUUUCGCCGAACCUACGACGACUACGUUACGAAGCGCGCCGGCCCUUGCGAGAAUUGCGCGUUGACGCUACCGCAACGACAGGGCGGCAAGGACAAGAAUGACUUGAAGGCCGAAAAGGGACCUACAUUGCGCACUCGCGCUCCCUACGCUAGGGUUUACGGGCAGGCAUCGCCGCCCACCUCUCAAGCAUCGUCUGCUAGCGACACCGAUGGAGAAAGCCAACCCGAACGAAUGCACCGAAGGGCAACAGGCUCUACGACAACACGAUCUAGCAUGUCAUCAGGUAGACAUGUAAGCCACACGCACUACCUCGACUAUACCUCGACCCACGAACCCCUCAUCCCAGCUUCUUUCUCGAUCGUGCGAUCAUCGUGUCUGCGAACACUUUCUCUAGAAACAUUACCCCGUGCCCCGGCAAACCCAACGCCAAGUGCAUCACCACAGUCGAGCAACAUGCCAGCUUUUGUCACGACACAUAGCGCCGGGGCAGCAGCUUCCGGGGGCCCCAUCUUCUUUGGCGAUCCAGUCAAUGGCUACACGACAGCAUACAUUUUUCGUAUCCCAGAUAUGCAUGCUCGCGGUCACAAGCGUGUCUAUGCAUUUCUAGCUCUUAGCACACACAAGGAGCGGUUGGCGAUGAAGACGUUUGGUUUCAUGGCUGCCGCUUUCCGUGAUCUUGCCUCUUGGAUACAACAGUUGGCUGAAGCUGAGGCCGAGAAGGCUGCCGAAGCCAGCCCCCUCGGGGGACCCCAGCACCACAGUUCUUAUCCUACGAUGAUCAAGCCCGAACGAGAAGGACAAGACCGUGGUGGUAGCAGCUUCCUUACGGGGGGUGGUGGCUUCUCAAGGAGAAUGGGCGGUGGUCCCGGCGGUGUCUCUCUCAAGGCCCGAGGCCUCGCUGAGCUUGUCGGCAUGCCCGACUUUUUUAUUGAGUUACAUGCCAAGUUUGUAAAGCUUAUGCUUGAACUUGGCGUUGCGCUCAGCUCUUGA